UUCUUGGCUUUAAGGGUUACCAUGCAGCAAAACAGCCGCAAGAAGCGGACAUCUGAAGGCGCCCCACGCUCACGCGUACCUGGGAGCAGAAUACAAGUCGCUUGUAUUAACUGUAAGGAAAGAAAACUCAAGUGCGAUGCACAGGUGCCAGCAUGUGCCAAUUGUGACAAACAUGGUCUAACAUGCCUCGUAGAAGAUCCGUCAACGAAGCGGCACCAGCCACGAAAUUAUACGGACACUUUAGAAGACCGCGUUGCUCUCCUCGAGGGCCUCCUUCAGCAGAUGCAGCAAGGUGCUUCCAUGAGGGCUCAGAUAACCAGCGAGGAUGACAGCCGACCAACUGGUUUCAAAUCGAAGGAGGAAGACAACGCAGUAAGCGAUUUAGCUUCCAAGGUUGGGAUGCUAAACUUGCACUACGCCGCAGGAGCAGAACCGCAGUACCUAGGCUCAUCAUCUACCUUUGCCUUUUCGCGUAUAAUCAACUCGUCCCUUCGAGAAGGCGCUUCUGGCAACCCCCCCACUACAUUUGGUCUUUCUGAAGGUCCUAUGGAUCUGCUUUCCCCAUGUCCUUUGCCAAGCUAUGAAGCCGGCAUCGCGCUUAGCAAUGCUUACUUCCAGAAUAUUCACCCUCAGUAUCCAUUCUUGCAUGAGCCGACGUUUAGACAUUGGGAGAUGAAACUGAUUGGGGAACCCGAAGCUACGGAUGCGUUCAGCUUUGACCCUAUUUCUUUGUUCUUUGUGAAUAUGGUUUAUGCCAUUAGCGCUCUGCUCUUGCCAAACUCUGGUUCCUUACCACAGCAACUAUAUGCCUCUGCACAGAUCUACAUUAGCCAUGUGAUGUCACUUGAUAAUCUAGAAUCUAUUCAAGCAAUACUAUGUUGUGCAAUGUAUUCACUCCGAUCUCCUGCAGGCCCAUCGAUUUGGAAACUAUCAGGACUCGCACUACGACAGUGCAUCGAGCUCGGCUACCAUCGUAACUCAAAAAAGUUCUCAUCCACUUCUGACCCGCUCCGCCUUGAGCUUCGAAAGAGGGUAUUUUGGUGUGCGUAUGGGAUAGAUUGUGCUGCCGCCACUUCACUUGGACGGCCAUUAGGUGUGCCUCUCCAAGAGGUCGACGCGGAGUUUCCCACGGAUAUCAAUGAUGUAGAUAUCACCAGCGCCGGGAUUUGUGGGAUACCCCGUCGCUCAUCUAGCGACCCACCAACAACGAUGUCUGUCGCAAUUCAUGUUAUACGUCUUCGAUGCCUGUGGGCUCGUAUCCACACCUAUCUCUACUCUGACACCACACGCACCAGUCCCACCGAUCCUUCCGAUACCUGUACCGAGAAACUCCGCGCUGAGCUAGAAGACUGGCUUGCAUCCGCCCCCCCUAUACCACCUCGGGUUGGUGAUGCGCUAUCAAUAUUCGCGAGCCGAGACUGGUUUGAUAACAAUUACAACUAUUCUAUUCUCCUCCUCUACAGGAGUCAACUAAUGGACAGUAAAGGCGCUGCAGAUAACGUAUUCAUGGAAUGCCUACACGCAGCCGAGAACAUCUGUCACGGCUUCAGACGACAAUAUAUCGGCAGAUCGGUGAAUUAUACCUGGGGAGCUUUACACUGCCUAUUCAUGGCCGGACUGACAUAUCUACACUGCCUGUGGACCUCGCCUGCCGUCCGCGAAGCAGUCCGACAUGAUAACUUAAGCAGUACAUGUUCGGACUGCACAAUUGUUCUCGUGGUGAUGGCUGAGCGGUGGAAGGGCGCUGCGCCGUACCGGGAUAUCUUUGAAGCACUUGCUAGUCGUACAAGGACUAUGAUGGUGGAUAAGAACAAUGAAUGGUGGGUGGAGCCGGCGUCUUUGGCACCCUCGGAUGGCCUGGACCAAGGGGACCUGGUCCAGUGGAUGGCGGAUAUUAAUGAUAUUAGCAUGUCGGAUGGGAUUGAUAGAUUGUUGACGGGUUUGGUUGGGGACUACACACAGUAGGCAUUGCCCUAUUGAUGCUCGAAGGGCAUGCAAUCUUGGUUAGGCUCAUAGCCUUCUCGCCCAAUGGUGGCAUCCUCCCCUUUCAACAGAACAGUCUGGCUCAAGAACGUGGAGGCAUCUCAGCCCCCGUAGAAUCAAACAGUUAUUACCUAG